CCGCGCGAGUGGUUGUGGCUGAAUGUAGCGCGCGUUGUCAGAAAUCGGAGCUGCGGGUAGUGCGAUCGUGAGCAUAAUUUUCCUCGCGCCGCUGGCUCCCAUCUUGGGCUGUCGCACUGACGCAUUCUUCUUAGGGGCUAACAGGCGGCAAUCAUAGACGCCCUGUGCGCUUCGACGCUGCCGCCGCCGCCAGGGCCGACAGCCGAGGAGGCCAAGACCAUGUCUGGCGAUCACCGGACUGUCAUCAACGGGAGCCCGAGCCAGUAUGUGAAGCUAAACGUAGGCGGGUCCCUCCAUUACACAACCAUUGGGACUCUCACCAAACAUGACAGCAUGCUCAGGGCCAUGUUCAGCGGCCGGAUGGAGGUUCUCACCGAUUCGGAAGGUUGGAUCCUCAUAGACAGAUGCGGGAAACACUUCGGUACAAUCCUGAACUUUCUGAGGGACGGUUCGGUGCCGCUGCCCGAGUCGACGAGGGAGAUUGCGGAGCUAUUGGCCGAAGCCAAAUACUACCUCAUCCAGGCGCUCGUCGAAAGUUGCGAAGCCGCCCUGCAGAAGAAAGAGAGCCCGCAAGAACCGAUUUGCAGAGUCCCACUUAUCACAAACGAAAAAGAAGGAAACCUACUAAUAAGCACUUCGACUAAGCCUUUGGUCAAGCUGCUUAUCAACAGACAUAACAACAAGUAUUCCUAUACCAGCACGUCGGACGACAAUCUCCUCAAGAAUGUGGAAAUGUUUGACCGGCUUUCACUGCGGUUCUGCAGCCGUGUCCUGUUUAUAAAGGAUGUGAUAGGCAGCAACGAGAUCUGCUGCUGGACGUUCUAUGGCCACGGCAAAAAAGUUGCUGAGGUCUGCUGUACAUCCAUAGUCUACGCAACCGACAAGAAGCACACCAAAGUUGAGUUCCCUGAAGCUCGCAUAUAUGAGGAGACCCUCAAUAUCCUUCUCUACGAAAACCGCAAUGGCCCAGACCCAGAACUGAUGCAGGCAACAAGCACUCGAGGUGCCGUCGCCCGCGCCACCACCUGCUACACGAGCGAUGACGAGGACGAGCGGCGCGCGCCUGUUGGCUCAUGCAGUGGUUGCGCCAGUGCACGCGAUUCCCGGGAGUCGUGCCACCUGGGCCGUAUACGAAGCACCAAGCAGAGUAGCUGAGGUAGCCUCUAUGUCGCUGCCUUACUCCUUCGCGGAAUCUCGCCGGCGGGGGCAAGGUACCGGCAGCUGUCAUUCGGUCGCUGCAAGCCGAGCUUGGCUUCUUUCUGCUGUCCCUACAUGGACCUUGCUUAGCACAGAAAGAGAUGUGAUGCGUCACAUGGUGUUUGUUUGUGGGUGACCACCCACCUUUGUAAGCCAGUAGGAACAGAGCACUGGUGACCCUGCAUCCAUCUCCACUCGUUCCUGUGUCCUGUUUUGUCUGGCCUUCAAUAUUGAGUGGUUAGUGCUGUCAGCUCUGUUUCUACAGAGUGAGGUCUGCCCCCCAAGAGUUGUUUGUGGCCACCUUUAGCGAAGGAUGCAAGUGGCUAGUAGUUCUUGUGCCAUGCGAGCAUGUGCUCAGUGGAAGCUGUAUUGUGUGCCGGGUGCACUUGUUUGGUUUGCGCUCUUGUUGGAAGAUUGUGCGAGUUACGAAGUGAGUACAUGUAAAUGGACUGCAUAAGUUUCGAAGUUUCUUGAACAACACCCCUUCCUACCCUGCACCUCUAUUCAGCUACCACCAAAGCCAGGUUGUUCAGAAACAAUAUUAUAUACCUAGAGCUGAGUGCUCACCUGCUCAGUUUCCAUCAACAUUUGUACCAGACAUUCACUGUGAAAAUUGCUACACCACCACAUAUGUUACCUUAUGGCGUACUAAAGACUGGAGACAAGUUGAAUCUCGGUUUUAGGGAGCAGAUUGGUGUUUGCCAUUCCUCUCGCCAUAGUUUUGUCUUCUGGAGCUGGCAUGUUUUUUUCUUUUCUUUUCGGGUCUUAGAAUCUGUUUGCAACAUGUGGGCAAGAAUCGAGUGAGAUUAGAAAGAGUUGCGAGGUGGUAUGCCUCGACGUCAACCUGGAUUUCGUGCUGCACAAAACUGUGGUCAGGAACAAGAGGGCAGAUGUGUCAUCUACAGCGUGAGCCGCUGUUGAAGGGAUGUGCAUGGCUCACACUUUCGGAAGCACUGUCAAAGUUUCCGGAGUGCUUCCAACAGUGCCCAGCAAAAGCACUGUCAAACCGCCGCACAGGUCUUUGGACAAGAACCAGCGGCACUUAUUGCGAGUCAUCUGUGCCAAAGCUGGCCACUUUCAGACUUGCCAAAGAGGGAAAUUUGCUCAUUCCUCACAUUCCCGUGUUCCCUUUAGCAGUGGCCUGCGCUGUAAAUGUUUCGUGAUUCACUAAGUGAGCAUUUGCAACGGUUUGGUGAAGCUGUAAUGCGAUAAAAGAUGUGGUCAGGUGUGUGUAUGUUUACCUGUAGGUGGUCGGAAUGAAUACUGUUGUCAACAUAUAGCUGUUCAUAAACUGAGAUGUAUGACAACAAAGUUGCAACUGCAAGAAAGGACUGUGUGUGUUGGUUGAGUCAUACUGUGUCACUUUACAUGUUAGGUAUCAUCAGAAGAACCAUUGAAGCUGUGUCUCUUGAUAUCUUAGCCACCAGUUACACACGAAAAGGCUGUUUUGACUCCUGUUUCUAUUUAAACCACUUUGUGGAUUGGUGCACAAAUUGGUUGUGUUGGCACAACUGGCACGUGCAGCCUACUUUAUGAAGUUAGAGUGAUUUUUUAUUUAAAUUUACUAUUUAUUUCUUCUUGCAUUACCUAAAUUCAUUGUACUCAAGCAACAAAUCCUCAUAAGAAGACCCUACUGAUGCACCUGUCAUCAGAGAAAUUUGACACUUUAUUCCAUGUACAUGGCACAGUUGCUGAAAGGUUGCACUUCUUGCUGGAUUUUCCUUGUUAAAGCACAAGUGCUCAAAAUGUAGGUACAUGCCCCGUCAUACUUGUCUAGAGCACAUGAACAGUAUAUGCAUGCAUUGCUGGUGCUCAGCAAUGAUUCUGAGCACCAAACAAGAUUUCAACGAGCACACAGUGCCAUUGGAAAAAUGUUUCACUUCUUACUUUGCAGAGUUCAGAAAGCGCUGGUAAAUGUGUCCAUCUAACUCCCAGAGUGCUCCAGUCACAUUGUCUAGGCAGGUGUCCUAAUUGUGUCCGCUUGAAUCGUGCUUCGAUCAGAUACAAGUUUAUUCCUUAUUUUUUGAGGCAAAGGUGCCCAAUAUGACAUAAAACACAGUCAUCUAAUACUAAGAAAAAAUUUAUCUGCAGAACUUCAAGCAAACAUUGAGCUGCUGUGAGCACUUAAACACCAAUGGGGCACUUUUCUCUCCCCCCCCCCCCCCCCCCAUAAGCGGAUGACCCUGUACCGUAAUCAACCAUUGUGGUUUGCGCAGUUUGAGUAACUCCUCUAUGAUAGGAGAUGCUUGUAUUGGGCCCAUGGUUCCAUUAAUUUAUGCAUGCCUCUUUGCAAUUGUCAUGUGUGGCAGCUGAGUUAAUAAAGUUUCAAUCGAAGAAGCAGGCACAUUGAGCUUGCAACAUUUAAGCCUAAACAAUUUGUUCUCUCCAAUGACUGGCAGCAAGGAAGGCUCUCAAGGUCAUCUGUUAAGGUUUUACUUCACUUUUUUUUCUGUGUGUGGUAUGCUGAAUGGUAAUGUAAUCUCAAAUCAAGGCUUUGGUUUCACACAACCGUACCCUUUCUACUGUUUACAUUGCUGUUCGAAUACCUGUUUAAGAGUUACAGCAAAAGCUGUGCCUCUUGUAAGAGUUUCUUGAGCAAGUGUUUGCAUGCUUGUACCAGAGGCACUACCAGAGGCACUAGUGGAGCUCUUGUUCAGAAGAUGUAUAGAAGUUUUGUGAUGUGAUUUGUGUAGUGUGUGUUGAAGUAACUGGCUGAUCAACGCGCGCUGUUGGCUGCGUGAAAUGAAAUGUAAUGCUCAUAAUUGCUUCUGGAAGUGCAAUUCUUCUUGUACAUUGUUGUACUAGUUAAAACUAUUUGUGUCCUUCCCCGCCUGCUGUACUAGUGUGGUAAGCAUGGACUGUGUUUCAGUAUAGUGAAAUGUUGACUCUGCUCCGCAGAGGUCAUCCUUUUGCGUGGCUCUAUUUGUCUGGUUGCCAUUUAUUUUAAAGAUUCUUCCACCACUUGCACGCUGUAUCCUAGAUGUGCAAUGGCAACCUGGGUUAAAAGGAAAAUGGAGGUUGGGGUGGUUGUCUUGUCAUGCAGUUGUGUGGGCUGGUUGAAAGUUGUCGAAGUGUGGUUCUCAUUUAAGAUCUGUUUGGGUGCAUUUGUUUUUAUUCUUAUGCAAAUUCAUAAGCUUGGAUAAAUGCAUGAUCUACAGAAUGAAGGUUGCCGUGCUCUUAAAGUCUCUGAAAGUAGGUAAGCACACUAUAGUCUCGUAUGGCUAUGUGCUUGGUCCAUACCUGCCAACCUUAGAACUUAACAUUCGCAAAUGGGGAAUGGGCAUGCUAUUUCGUAAUCUUCGAUCCUUAGCACACACUUUUGUGGCAUACAUAUGGACUUUAUUAACUAUGUUCGAACUUUAGAAGCAGCACACAAUCAGUGAAAAACUUGGAACAGCAAACUAUACUAUACUGAAUAAACUUGCUUGAAGCAAGUACUGUUUCGUGCCACUCCAUCUUCGAACACCUUUAAAAAAAACUUUCUUGUGAACAAAAUUUACUUUUUGCAAGACAGGACGCAGCAUUUGUGAAAUCGUAGAAUGAAGCUAAAUAUAAAACAUUGCAAAGAAUUUGGGAGAGUUGGCAGGUAUGCUUGCCCUACCUGUAUGCAGACCUAAGGGACAGCACAACGUUUUGCAGUUUACAGACAGUAUUUUCCUGGUGUAUCGUGUGAAGCCAAAUUGUAACCUGUUAUGCGUAUGUGUUUUAAGCAUAACUAUUAUGCUGAUGGCUGUAAGGAACAUCUAGUCCUAUCAAUGUAUGGCUAUUUGUCAACUGUCUAUAUAUAUAAUAAUAAAAAAAAAAGUUGAAUCUGUAAGGGCUUGCAGGUGCCACCACGGUAUGUCGUUUCUGGCAGUAAAGCAGGAAGGUUUCCUGCCAAAGGUAGCUGUGCGGGCUUGCUGCACUGUCUGAAUGUUGUAAGUUCACGUGCAUACUCUAUAAUGUGAUGAAACUGGCAUUCUCAGUAUUUACAGCCAGGAGCAGGCGAGGAGCAUGCAUUUUUUAAGUUGGAAGUUAUCUUGCAACUGCCACUAACUGCUGUUAACCACCGGUACUCGUCUUCAAGUAAAUGGUGCUGUUGAACUGGCCCUGAAGCUGUCUUUUUGGGCCUGUGGCUAUAUGGCAUCAGUUUGGCCCACCGGUAGAUAUUUUAACUAUGUUUUUCUCUGUCUCGAUACUGAAACUUAAGUGAUUUGACAUUGUUUACUUUCUAAAAGAAACUUCACUCAGUGUCAGAGUUUGAAAUGGCUGUGAACAGUGUAUGACAGGCAUUCAACUAGUUAAAAUCUGUUCACCUAUUUGUAUCAGCUCUGUUGCUGCAUUUUUUGUGUUAAUUUUCCGUUUCAAUUCCUCCGGACUGCAGCAUCCACAAAUCCAAGGCAUGGAGACAGUAUUAAAGGCCUUCCCAACACGUCAGUAAAGUUGCUCACAUCACAUGUCUCUUGCUUGCAACUUGAGUGUUCGGUGUUAAGUGCACCUGUACAUCACACUUGCCAUGUAUAUCACGCGUAUCUGCCGAGUUUAGCUUGGUGAAAUAAAAGCCUCAUGGUGUUGAUCUUGCA